UUCUAACCUGACAUAAGGGGGCUGCUUAUCUUAUGUUUAUUUCAAUUGUUGCCAAGUGAAAUCGAACUGCAAAUGGAUCUUGGACUUAGUUUACUCAGCAGGGAGUUGCUGCAGAUGGGCAUGAAAGGAGCUAUAUUGUGAUUCUCUCUCAGUCUCCUUGCCUCUGUCUCUCUCUCUCUCUCUUUCUCUCUUCAUAUACAUCUCUGUUCAGCUGCCACCUUCAGCACAAAACAAUCCUGAAAAUAGGAGCCACUGAUAAGAAAAAAAUAAUGAACCUGUGGCCAUUUUGUGCAAUCAAAUGAUAGCAUUAUUAAUCCACUUUAACUGCCAUGGUUCCAUACUGUGAUAUUCUAGGCUUGUAGCUUGCUCAGGAGGUGCUCUCUGGAUGAGAAUCUAAAAAGCCCUCCCUAAACUGAAAAUCUCCAGAUUCCACUGAACAUUGCUUUAGUAGCUAACUUGUAAUGAUCACACUGUAACUGUGGAGUUUGAAGUAGCUCCUGGAACUAUCGUGGGAAAUAAACUAACUAUCUUCACCUAUGUUUUUUCUGCUCUCCUCUAGUGGACAAAUGAAAUGUUUACCUCACUAGUAGAUUGCAUUUUUAUCUCUUUUUUCUCUCUCAUUUGACAGAUGCAAAAUGGUUUGGAUGAAUCAAACACACCACCCUGACUUUGUCCUAUUAACCCUCUCCAGCCAGUUUGAACAACAGGGUCUGUUUUUCCUAAUAUUUCUCUUGGUCUACAUGUUGUGCCUUGUGGGGAAUCUUCUGAUUGUUGUACUCGUUCAUUUUGAUGACCACCUUCUCCAUACUCCAAUGUACUUCUUUCUCAGUCAUCUCUCCCUAGUUGACUCCUUCUUUGUUUCCACCACUGUACCAAAGAUACUGUCAAAUUUGAUAUCCCAGACUAAGACCAUCUCCUACAGAGGGUGUUUGACCCAAAUGUAUUUCUAUGUGGCUUUUGGCAAUACAGAUAAUGUCCUCCUGGCUUGCAUGGCAUACGACCGCUACGUGGCUAUUUGCCACCCAUUACACUAUACCACAGUGAUGAGUCACAAGGUUUGUGUCUUUCUAGUAUCUGGCUCUUGGAUCUUUUCGUCUCUCCACUCCUUGCUCUACACACUUCUGAUCUCACGGCUUUCUUUCUGCAACUCUUCGGAGAUUCCAUUCCUCUUCUGUGACAUCUACCCCUUCCUGGAUAUUUCCUGCUCUGACACAAGGCUCAUUAAGAUCCUGGCACUGACAGAAGGCAUGGUGGAUAUUCUAGGACCUUUUGCCCUCAUUGUUAUCUCCUAUGCAUGCAUAUUUCAUACCAUAAUGAAAGUCCCAAUGGCUGGUGGUCAGCGCAAGGCCUUCUCAACCUGUGGCCCUCACCUGGCUGUCGUGGUCUUGUUCUACGGCACUAUCAGCUGCCUCUAUUUCCAGCCUACCUCUGCUUACUCAGCCCAGAAAGGAACUUUCAUCUCUCUCCUGUAUGCAGUGCUCACCCCGACCCUUAACCCCUUCAUCUACAGCCUGAGGAACAAUGACAUCAAGGUCUCCAUGGCAAGGCUACUAGUCAAGUCCAGGGCUGUUUUGAGGAAGUGAUGAUCUAGUACAGUGGUUCACAACCUUUUUUGACCAGGGCCUACUUGAUCAGGGUCCAAUUGAACCAGGGCCACUUGAUCAGGGCCCACUUUGACCAGGGACCACUUGACUGGGGACCAUUUUGACCAGGGACCACUCUCCAACAUUAGUACCAAAAGGGUUAGGAAACAGUUUUUGGUCAACUUUAGAUUUGGUUUGGUUAUUUGGGGUGCUGAUUCAGAGAACUGCAUUGGAUAGACCACAUCCGCUCUAGUUUCUGAUACAGAACAUAUGCCAUCCAGUAGUCGCCAUCUGCUUGCCCACAGAAAAUCUAGAGCUGAUGCGGUCUAUCCAAUGUGGUCAGCUCUGCAGAAAGGAGAGGAAAUAAAAUAAAUAAAUAAAUAAAGAGGAAGGAGGUUCACAGACCAGAUUUUCAUUCUCACAACACACUGCUGGGCCGCAGCCCACAGGUUGAGAACCACUGCUGUAGAGGAAUGAGGAUGAUGGAGAAAAGUGAAGAGGUGGUGCUGGUAAAGAUAGCAGAAGAAAAGGAGGGGGUUACUUUCUUGAUGACUGGUCAUCAUAAAAAUUGUGGAGUUCUCUUUGUAAGGACAAAUGGCUGGUUUCUUCUUUGGUCCUCCUUCUGAUGGUGGGCAAAGACCUUUUUAUUUAGGCACACAUUUGGACAAUUGACUGGCUGAUUAAAAAGGACUUUCAAAUGGUGAAUAUUGUGUUUUUUAAUUGAUGUGUUGUACAUCUCGUGUUUUAACAUUAGUUUAACUGUCUUUAAAAUUAUCACAAUUUAUGUUUCAUUUGUAUCUAUUCUUACUCUUGCUGUUGCAUUCAAAUUAUUAAUUGUGCUAGACUGAAAACAUUCAAAGACAUAGUAUGUACGUUUGGAUCAGUGUCCAGGAAAUCUUGGCCAAGGGAGCCCUCUUGGGGUUGGGGUGUUGAUUCUCUUGGCUUGUUUACAGCAUCUCCUUUCUGAUUCCCAGCCAGCCUCAUACUACAUUCCAAGAACUCCCUCCAUGGCUUUCAGCAACAUCUUG